CAGGAAGUUAGCACGCCGCGAAUUGAGACACUGACAGAUUUCGACAGCUCGUCAGGCUGCUGGGCUGAUGACCUCUCCGCGCUCUGGCUGUCCUGGUCCUCCUCUGGCUGGUACAUCCAGCUGCUGCUGAUGGCGAGUCAAGAAGAGCCACGGGCCCCCCACGUCAAAGAGGAAGAGGAGGAGCUUGGAAUCAGCCAGGAUGGGGAACAGUUUCAAAGGCAGGAGGUAGACGCUGAUAGCAGCAAAUUUCCUUUGAAAAUUGUACUUGUGAAGUGUGAAGAUGAUGAUGAUGAUGAAGCUCAGUCCUCAGUGCUUCAUCACAGUCUGAGCGGGGCGGAGCCUCCAAAAGAAGCCGGUGGAGGAUCACAAACAAACGCAAACUUAGCUCCGCUGUCAGAUGUGGACGACACCGCGUCACGCUCUUCUGAGAGCGAUCAGAGCGAGGACACCAAAGAGCCUUCAGGGUCUAAAUGUCCCACCGGCAGCAAGGCCUUCACCUGCUCUGAAUGUGCUCAGUCGUUUGGUGACAAGGGGAUUUUGAACCGCCAUAUGAAACGUCACACAGGAGAGAAACCGUUCACUUGCUCUGUUUGCAGUAAAACCUUCAGUCGCAGGGACUGCUUACUCUCUCACAUGAGGUGUCACACCAAAGAGAAACCUUUCAACUGCUCGCUUUGCGGUCAGAUGUUCCGUCACAGGCAAAACUUGCUGUCUCACCUGAGAUGUCACAUCGGAGAGAAACCUUUCGUCUGCACAAUUUGCGGCGGAACCUUCUCCACAAAGGCGCAUUUGAAAAGACACGCCAGGACGCACACGAGAGAGAAACCUUUCAUUUGCUCCGUGUGUGAUAAAAGUUUCUCCACAAAGGAAAACGUCUUGUUGCACAUGAGAACACACACGGGCGAGAAGCCUUUUUCCUGCACGAUUUGUGGCGGAACAUUUUCUACAAAGACACAUUUGACAAGACACGCCCGGACGCACACCGGAGAGAAACCUUUUACUUGUUCUGUUUGCCAUCAAAGAUUUUCUCUGAAGGAAAACAUGAUGACACACUUGAAAAAACACAGCAGGGAGCGUUGUUUUUCCUGCUCGGCCUGCCCUGAAACAUUCUCCACUAAGAAAGAACUGAUAGCGCACAAGAGAACGCAUGCCGGAGAGAAAGCCUUCUCCUGCUCGGUGUGCGCCAAAAGCUUCUCCAGUAAGGGCAACAUGACAACACACAUGAGAGCGCACAGCGGAGAAAAACCUUUCACCUGCUCGCUGUGCCACCAACGCUUCGCUAUCAAGGGGGACAUGAUGAGACACAUGAGAACACACACUGGGGAGAAACCCUUCAGUUGCGAGGUGUGCCACAAACGAUUCACUCGAAAGUGCCACGUCAGCAAACACAAGUGUGUCGCAGCCAACGACAGGAAGGAAGCGGCAGGACGUGACAUGGACAAACAGUAGUGAACACACGAUGAUCUCCGUAAUACCUUCUUCUAUAUUCUUAUACUUUCACUUGCCUUGUCAGAUAUUCACACGCUAAUGAUGGCGUCUGGUGGAGAGUAAAUCUAUACUCUUGUCCGCCAUCUACACUGCAUCAUUUCUACAGUAUUGGCCCUUGUCAAGAUCGAAUAAAAUGCUUCCUGAAAUCUCAAGCAAACUGUACUGUACAUGCGCACGCACGUGCACACAUGCAGUCAUCUAACCUUAUGUGCUGUACACACACACACACACAGUCAUCUAACCUCAUGCAGGGUUUCCCUUCGGAUAUUUUGAAGCCGUGGUGGUGGGCUGCAUAGGAGGGCGGGCUGCUGCUGCUGCUGCUUUGAUGACUUAUUUAUUGAUGAAGUUAUUUAUUGAUGAAGUUUUUUAUUGAACUUUUUCAACAACCAGCAGAACAUGAACGGAGAACAUUGCAAAACUUAAUUUCAUGCAAAGUUGCUGAGAGCCCUGAAAGUGAGUCUAAAAUGUUGACACUCCUUUUGUCACAUGACCUAUUUAGUCCAAUAGUGACUAUUAGUACAAAAGUACAACAUUUUGUGCUAUGUGACACAAACCUACAUUUAAUUUGAUGCCUUUUUUAGAGUAAUACACAGGAAAUGAACUGUUAAUCUAUUUUUUAGUUCCAAAUAACACAAUUAACAAAAUAAAAUAACAAUUUAAAGGGACCCUGUCCCUGUUCCCUCACCCCAUUGCAGUUUACGUUUCGUGGACUCGCUGUUUUAAAGUGCAAUUUUAGUGUUUUGUUUUGUUUUUUACAGCUUAUCAACGCUGUUACAGGCUGCGCCUGGCUCUUUAAGGAGAAUGGCAUCGUGGGAAGUUGUCUCUCUCUAUUCUCUCUCUUCUUCUGCAUCCUGAUUGGCUGUAGACCAUUGUCAAUCGAUCUCCUUCGUGCCUUCUCUUGUUAUGGUCAUGGCUACCAAAGUAGCUAACCGUGUGAGCUGCUGCCAAUACUGUAAACAAUGGAAGAACCAGAAGAAGCUAACCAUGUGAGGAAAAUACCACAACAGGAUCUCCGUUCUCCUUGCACUGUCAGGCGUUCAGGCGGUUUCUGAAUUAUGAGCGUUAGCACUAAUUGUUUGGCAUUUUUAUUCACAAUCGGUGUACCUCUGGGGAACGUAGGUCUUAAGACAUGGAGAGGAAGACUGGUCGCCUUCAAAAUGCAGAAUGUUAAGUGUAAAUUACUCAGGAGUUGCUUAUCCUUCAAUGAUUGUUGUAUUUAAAAUGGCUUCUUAAUGAGCACAAAGGCCUUUUUAUAGCCUGGUUGAUUGUAUAUGUGGAUAAAUGUUCACUGCCCCUGCACCCCCACCAGUAAACAUAUGUGAAAAGAUGUUUCUAUAACAUGUAUAAUGUUAUGCAGCCUUGUCGCUAUCAUGGAAUAGUGUUUAGAAGACAUUAUGUAAACAAGACAUGACUUUUGUCUUUUUGUUGGAUUUUUUUUUCAUGUGUAGCGGCGGAAUAGUAUCCUUUUUCAAAAUGCGUUUAUAGCGUACUUUCAAGCCAAAGGCUUCUUUUAAAGAUGUUCCUUCACAGCAGUUAUCAGUGAAAUGAUCACUGGAAAGAACAGAACUCGAGGUGGGCGUCCAUCUAUCUCUCGUUCUCUUCACUUGCUUUGUCCAUUGUUGUCUUAAAGCUUCCCCGAUGACGUCACUUCUGGAAAUGAGGCUGAGCUGAGAGCUACGUCGUCAUGGCUGGCGCCAUCAUUGCCUUCAACUAUAAAUGUCAUUCUUGCUCGCGUUCAAAAUCCAGUGUAGAACAUAAUGAUCUUACAUAUAAUAAAUACAUAUAAAAAUAUGACAUUGAGAUUUGCUUGAUUUUGUCACACAACUCUUCGUUUUGUUAACUUUGAGGAAGGUCUCUGCAGCAGAAGUACUCCCUCACAACGCUGCCGUCAGUGGAGGAUGUUUUGUUUUGCUCCAAUAUCCUUCCAGUCCUUAGUGUUAGCCUGACUCGUUUGCGUGUUGCUGUGCUGUAAAUGUAUUGAAGAGUUUUCUUGCUUGGGUCUAAGUUACAUUAUUAUCAGACUGGCACUGGCUGGAUACUUGAAGCACGCCAUGGUUCUCAUUCACUCAGCACGUAAACACGUUUCAUUGGCUCAUUCUGCCAAGUGUGUUUAAUGUGUUAGUGAGGUGUGUUGAGUGUAAAGCCGGGCUUGCGUGUUCAACAAAGGUAGCUCUCUUUUAAAGCAGCUGUAUCGCCAUGGUAACUUACCACAGGCUACACCGAUGUCCAGGCUUUCAGCUUAAAAUCGGCUAUGAAAGCGCCACUGUUUCAUUGUUUAACUUAUUCGGAGAUGGUGUCACCAUUUAUUGAGAACCUACAGACCCCCUUGAGGGGACAUGAAGAAAAAAAAAGGAAAAAAAAGAGCAUUUCCUGAUGAUAUCCAUCUAUAAGCGAGGGAAUACCCUAGAUAUGCGCACUUUUUGAGCAGAGCGUCACAAAUAAAAUGUAAUGAAAUCC